AUGGCGGCAUCAGCAGUAGCGGAGCAGGGCGGUGGUCCCGGUGGUCCCAGUGGUCCCGGUUCUUACCGGACUGCGGCGGCGGACUACUCGGUGCUCGUGGUGGUGGGGUCGCUGCGGCCCGCCGGACUGCUGGAGCGGCUGCUGCGGCAGAUUGAUUCGGGUGUGCGCUGCUGGCCUGUACAUCUGGACGUCUCUCUUCUGGACCAGCAGCUGAAGCUCUUCGUGUCGAGACACCUGGCCUUCCUGUCGGAGGACGUCCCAGGACAGAGGACGCUGCAGCACCGCGGAGACGUCCUGGACACUCAGGUGGUCGUGAACCCGACUCACGGCUUCGUCUGCUCACAGGUGCGGCGGCUCGUCUGUGAUCCAUCUCCACACAAACUUCUGGUUCUGGCCGGUCAGUGUUUGGAAGAGUCCGGAGAGAUCGUGUUCCAGAGAGGCUGCUUCUCCCUCCGAGACCUCCUCCUCAUCUUAGAAGAAGAUGAGGUGGUUGAGUUGUUGCGCUCGCCGGCCUCGGGGACGAAGGCCCGCCUGACCCUCAGCUGUCCAGACGUGGGUGUUUGGAAGACGUCUGUGUUGGAGGACCAGCUGCAGGACUACAUCCAGCUCCAGAUCAACCCCCCCGCCGUCCUCCCGCAGAUGGAGGGUCUGCAGGAGUUCACGGAGUACCUGUCCGAGUCUCUGGAGGCCGAGUCCCCCUUCGAGCUCCUGGAGCCCCCGAGCACCGUGGGCUUCCUGAAGCUGUCUCGGCCGUGCUGCUACAUCUUCCCCGGAGGGAGGGGGGACUCUGCCUUCUUUGCCGUUAACGGUUUUAACGUCCUGGUGAACGGCGGCUCAGAUUCCCGCUCCUGUUUCUGGAAACUUGUUCGGCACCUGGAUAGAAUCGACUCGGUGCUCCUGACUCACAUCGGCGUGGACAACCUCCCCGGGCUGAACAGUCUGCUGCUGAGGAAAGUGGCGGAGCAGGAAGAGGAGUCGGCUGGAUCUCAGACUGAGGAGGACUGGAUGAAAAACCUCAUCUCCCCUGAGAUCGGGGUGGUCUUCCUCAAUGCUCCCCACCGGUUGAAGUCCUCCCGGGGAGAUCCCGGCGAGCUGCGGAGUUGUGACCAGGUGGCGCUCACUCUGCAGAAUUUACAAAAACUUUCCAUCAAACCUGAACCUCUCAGUCGGUCUAACGGACCCAGGAUAGAACCAGUAAUCUUGUUUCAGAAGAUGGGAGUGGGCCGUCUGGAGCUGUACCCACUGAACCCCGUCACUGGCAGCAAAAACCUUGACGCUUUAAUGCAGAUUUGGCCAAAUAACGUAUCCGAUGUUAAGGGUUCAGAUCUUCCUCUACCGUGCCUUGUUUCCAUCUGUGCUUUGCUGGUCUGGCAUCCUUCAAGUCCUCAGGAGAGAAUCAUCCGUGUCCUUUUUCCCGGCUGCACGCCGCAGACCAAGAUCCUGGACGGACUUGAAAAACUCAAACAUUUGGAUUUCCUCAAACAUCCGGUCGUGUGUUUGGAGGACCGAGAAACAUCCAGAUCCGAGAAACAACCAAAACGAGCAGAGAGUCGGGAAAGCCUGAAGUCCCAGUCGAAGGACUUCCGUCCAAGCAGUGCCUUGCAGAAAGACAAGCUCGCACGAGUGGAUGUCAAAAAACAGGAGGCGAGAACGCUGCCGACCCCCGCGGAAAGAACGCAUAAAGAAAAGAAAGAUGGGGAAGAAAAGCCCAAACUAAAGGAUCCAGAUGUCAAAUCAAAUCCACCGAAACUGACUGAGAAGUUGGUUCCAAAGAAAGAUGUGUCAAAAGAGGAGAAAAAAGAAGUGAAAAAGAAGAAUGAGAAGGUCACUGGAAGAUGGAGGAGAGAAAAAGAAGCUAUAAAAAAAGAAACUUUAAGUAUGAAAGCAAAGAAAGACGUCAAACCGGAACCAAAGAAAGACGGACCGAAGGAUGGGAAAAGCGCCAGACCAGCUGUGAGAGAAGUAAAGAAAGCAGCAAGUGGAGCUUCAAGUACAGAAGGAAAGAAAACUUGUGGAAAGAGUGGGAGUCUGAAAAAAGAAGGGACUCUUCCAAAGAAAGACACUUUCGGGACCAAAGGUAAACCAGGUACAAGGGAGCAGGAAAACCAGAAGGUGGCAGAUCGCUCCAAGGUGUUCACACCUGAGGAGAUGAUGGCGGACUUUGAAAGACUUCGAUUGGAGGACAACAAUGGGAACGACUCCAAGGACCUGAAUUCUGAUGGAGCAAAGACCAAUGGGAACCAGACCUCGACGGUAGAGAGUCCAGAGAAGUUUGGUUGUAUGGAGACGGCCCAGCUCUCCAAUAAGAACUCUGCCUCUCAUUUAGCAGGACAUACCGCUUCCCAUCGGAAAGAGGACCGUCUGAGUUUAAGAGACGUCUCCGGGGCGAGAGGAUCCAGUCUGGGCUUUGAGGACAGCAGGACCUCCGACCUGGAAAACUCUCCAUCCUCUCAGGAUAAGCAGUCGGGUCUUUUGAUGCUUAGUCCUUUGAAAGGCAUGGAGCCAGACUCCUCCACCUCCAUGCCGGCGGAGGUGGGCUCUCCUCACUCCACAGAAGUUGAUGAAUCCUUGUCGGUUUCUUUAGAGCAGGCUCUGCCAGCCACUGACCCCUUGGGAGACGGAGUCUACUCUAAUGGACAUAUUAGAAGCUCGGACUGCAUCACGAGGAUGGCCUUACCUCCGGGAUCGAACCGUAACGGCCUCAGUGGAUCAGUGGAUCACAUCCACGGGAUGUCAGGCCUCGUCUCAGAUGUUCCACAUGAUGUAGACCUCUGCUUAGUGUCGCCUUGUGAGUUCCAACACCCCAAGACUCCAGACAACCAUCAGCAGCAUUUCCACCCCGGCCUCGCCAUCGACUCCCCCGACCUCUCUGACAACAACAACCACUCCCAGGAUCAAAGCAGCAGUGACGGCCCUUCAGCCGACAGCCAGGAAACUCCACCGGCCAGCGACUCCGUCCCCACAGCCACGGACUCUGACGUCCCCCCUUGUGCAGAGGAAUGUCCAUUCAUCACCGCAGAGAUGGACUCGGAUGAUGAUUCCGGUAGCCUUUUCCCACCCAGUCAUCCAGAAGAUCCUCCCAGUCCCCACUACUGCCACAGGGUGGGGUCUGACCCCCCACCUGCCCCAGUCAAGGAUUUGCCCCCGUUGCCGCCCCAGCCUGGAGCCUGCAUGGCCGACGCAGAGGCCGGCAAGAACUUGAAGAGUUCAGCUGCCAAGACCAAGAAACCAACUGGUCAAGCGCAGAAGGCCACCGCAGGAAGCACCCCAGGCCAGACCGGCAAGUCCCCGAUGGCGUCCCUGAAGAUGACGUCCAGCAUCGACACAAAGCCAUCCUCCAGAAAGUCACUUGGAGGCUCCAGAAUUGGUCCUGGCAAAGUGUGUUCCUCAGCUGGUUCCGCGGUCUACGUGGACCUGGCCUACCUGCCGUCUGGCUGCGCCUCUUCGACCGUGGACCUGGACCUGUUCAGACGCCUCCGCUCCUCGUAUUACAUCAUCAGCGGAGACGGCCCGCUGAAGGAGGCGGCGAUGAGGAGCAUCCUGGACGCCCUGCUGGAGGGGAAGAGCAGCUGGCCGGAGGUCCAGGUGACUCUGAUCCCAACGUUCGAUUCGCUGGCGAUGCACGAGUGGUACCAGGAGACCCACGCCCGGCAGGAGGAGCUGUGCAUCACCGUGCUGGGCAGCAACAGCACCGUCGCCAUGCAGGAGGAGACCUUUCCCGCCUGCAAGGUGGAGUUCUGAGCCGGAAGCCCCGCCCACCGGCGGAGAGCAGACUUUGAUUGUUGCCAUAGUUACGUCCUGACGGAGCAAUGAAAGGUUUCCUUUCAUUUACUGAGCAUGCUCAGUAACUCGUUCUUCGUCUAAAAGUCGGUGAAUAAGGAAGUCCAGAUUGUGGUCGUUUACAUUUCCUGCAGCUGUGUGACAUCACUUCCUGUGUCUUCCUGCCACUUCCUCUCUGCUGUAUCAGGGCCUUCAGCUCACUGCUAACUAGCAUUUAGCAUGAGGCCCGAUGUUAACGUCAACAUCCUCGUUUGGUUUGUUUUCAGUUCAACCAGUUGAGUCUAAAUCAUUUAUUCAAAGCACAGAUCUUUAUUGACAAAGCACAAACAUAUUCUAAUUAUAAUAAGUUUCUUUUCAUUCUAAUAACAUUUAACUCAUUGCAUCGGCUUUGUAUCGCAUCUUUAUCUCUAAAUUACAUCAUUACAUUUAUCUCUAGUUGAAUAGAGUUUAAUCUCAUGAAUAGAGUUUAAUCUGGUCAUUAAUAGAGUUUAAUCUCAUGAAUAGUGCUUAAUCUGGUCAUGAAUAGUUUGGUUGUAGAGCUUUAAACACAGAUCUCUGCAGCUCGAAACACUACAUUUCCCAUGAGCCUCAGCGUUUACAUAGUAAUCAUUUAACUCUGCUCUGCAGUUGCUGAAUUGAUCCAAAAUCUAAAAGUAAAUUUAUUAGAAUUUAUCUGCCCGGCAACCAUAUGGAGCUCUCUGAUUGGAUGCGUACUACAGCAGUGCUUUCUGGGACUUGUAGUCCUUUCCCAGACGUGAACCUGAUCACAUUCAUCCUUCAGACACACUUUUCAAUCUUUAACUUAUUUAUUUAUUUAAAUCGUGUGUAUCUGCAGCUUCCUGGAUGCUCAUUGAUCAUCAUGAACGGAUCGAUCAAUAUCCGGUUAUUGAUCUGCAGUUCACAGACAAGGUUUCAUUCACCACAAUAAUGUAUUUUUCAAGAAUGAGUCAUAUUUCGUUAAAGAUUUGAUUAUUAUUUCAACUAAUUGUCUUAUUUUGUUUUUUAUUCAUUAAAGUACAACUUAAUUCUCAAGUUAUUGAUCGUUUUACUUGAUGUCGUACUUUAAUUAUUUAGACAUGUUUGAAAGUGUUAAAAUGGGAUUUAUUAGUCUACACACAUACGCACACACACACAUGUACACGCACACAUUUACACACACAUACCUCAUCUGUGUACUGAUUCUUUCAAAAUAAAAGUCCCUUAAAGUGU